CCCACCAUAGUUGUAGCCAUGUURUAAGGAAGACUUAUGCAGGUCACAUGCGAUGGUUGUUGGCAAAWGUUGUGUCGUCAAAUUCGGCCUCAGWGUACUUUAUUUUGGACACCCUGUGUCCCUAAGCAAUCGCAAUUCAUCCGUGACUGGAAAUGGAGUUUUCCUUUUGGUCUGCAGCUUGCUUAGCAGGAGCAGCGCUUGGCAUCUUUUUUGCCUUCAAGCUUCUUGGUUCAAAAGAGWGGAAAACCAAGAAGGUUCCUCGAGGAACAGUUCUUCUGCAUCAGUUUAAGCGAGAUUAUGUUGGUAUUCCUAACCUGUCGCCACCAUGUUUGAAGCUUGAAACCUACCUUCGCAUGGCAAAGAUUCCCUACGAAUGCGACUUUAGUCCCAAUAUGUCAAGCAAAGGGAAAAUGCCUUGGAUAGAAUACAACGGGCAAAAGAUUGCAGACUCGAACUUCUGUAUUGAGUUUCUUAAUAAGGAGUUUGGAGUCGAUGUUGAUGAUCACUUGAGCGAGGAACAGAAAGGCAUUGCUAGAUCUGUACUGGUGAUGUUGGAGGAAAAUACUUAUUGGACUCUGGGGCAUUUUCGUUUUCUUGGUGGUGGUGCUGAGACAGCACGUAAUGUUUUCUUGGGAAAUCUAAUUUUCCCUCUAAAGUACUUGGUAUUUCGCUUUCUGAUCCAAAGAACUGUCAAAGGCUACCUCUACUGCCACGGGAUUGGUCGUCAUUCUGUCGAGGAGAUUUAUGGGAUAGCUGAGAAAGAYCUCACAGCYGUGUCGGAAAUUCUUGGUAAAAAGAAUUUUUUGUUUGGAGACAAACCCUGCCUUGCUGAURUUGUUCUGUUCUCGURYGUGWGYAGCUUCRUCUUCCUGACGCCGGUUUCUCCACAGGGAAAGUUGAUAUURACAAAGCUGAAAAAUCUCGAGGAGCACUGCAAYCGAAUCAAAGAGACUUUCUAUCCCGACUGGGAUGAACUGUCUUGUAAAAAGAAGGAAAAGUCUGAAUAAACUGAAGAAGAGACUAUUUUACUGUCCAUGCAAACCUAAGAAUCAUUUUGCAACUCAUUAACAAAUAAA